UUAUAUUAAUAUUUGUGUCUGCAGAUUCAAAGACUCCUCCGAAAAAUUUGCAAAUUGGUGUUAAACAUCGUAUUCCUGAUGGUAAAUGCACAAAAAGGGCAAAAGACGGCGACUCUUUAUCCGUCCAUUACACUGGAACAUUAUUUACAGAUGGCACAAAAUUUGAUUCUAGUAUCGAUCGUGGUACUCCUUUUACAUUUACAUUAGGCUGGGAUCAAGGCCUGCGAGGAAUGUGCAUAGGCGAAAAGCGAAAGCUAAUCAUACCUUCUGACUUGGCGUAUGGAGAGAGAGGAAGUCCUCCCAUUAUUCCUGAAAAUGCUGCUUUGGUUUUCGAUGUUGAGUUGGUUGAGAUUUCGAAUAAUAGGGUUGAAUUAUAA